GCUCGGCGAUGGAUUCUCCGCGCGCGGCGCAGCCGACGCCGCUCGCGCACGCCUCCAUCUUAGGGGGAGGGAGGGGCAGGGCGGGCAGCGGGCGGCGCUGCCGCCGGACGGAGCUGCGGGCCCCAGCGCGGCGCUCAGAAGAUCUUCACGUAACUGGCUGAAAAAUGGUUCUGCAAGAUGACAGCCCCAACUCUAACACGGUUAAAAUGGAGACCAUCUUCACUUUGACGUGAUGUGUGAAGUUUGCUAGUUUUCGUUCUUGUUUUGAAAUUAUUGUGAAAGGUUACAAAUGGUGUGGGUUUUUAUCAUGAAUCGAAUGAGCUCCCAGAGCAAUUCAUCCACUCAGCGUAGGCGAAUGGCUCUAGGAAUUGUCAUUCUUCUCCUUGUUGAUGUGAUAUGGGUUGCCUCUUCAGAACUCACUUCUUAUGUUUUUACAAAGUACAACAAACCUUUUUUCAGUACUUUUGCAAAAACAUCCAUGUUUGUUCUUUAUCUCUUGGGAUUUAUCGUUUGGAAACCAUGGAGGCAACAGUGUACACGUGGGUUUCGUGGAAGACAUGCAGCUUUUUUUGCAGAUGCUGAAGGUUAUUUUGCUGCCUGUGCAACAGACAACGCUGUAAACAGUUCUCUGAGUGAACCUUUAUAUGUUCCUGUAAAGUUUCAUGAUUUGCCAACUGAAAAAAGUAGCAGUAAUAAUAGUGAUGCAGAGAAAACUCCUAAAAAGCCUCGUGUAAGGUUCAGUAAUAUCAUGGAGAUUCGACAACUCCCAUCAAGCCAUGCAUUGGAAGCAAAGCUGUCUCGCAUGUCAUAUCCAACUGUUAAGGAGCAGGAAUCAAUAUUAAAAACUGUAGGGAAACUCACUGCAACUCAAGUAGCAAAAAUCAGCUUUUUCUUUUGCUUUGUGUGGUUCUUGGCAAAUUUCUCUUACCAAGAAGCUCUAUCAGAUACCCAGGUUGCCAUAGUUAAUAUCUUGUCUUCGACCUCUGGACUUUUUACUUUAAUCCUAGCUGCAGUCUUUCCCAGUAACAGUGGGGAUAGGUUUACCCUUUCCAAAUUGUUAGCUGUUAUUUUAAGCAUUGGUGGUGUAGUACUUGUUAACCUUUCUGGAUCUGAGGCAUCUUCUGGAAGAGAUACAAUAGGUUCCCUUUGGUCUCUUAUAGGAGCAAUGCUGUAUGCUGUGUACAUAGUAAUGAUAAAAAGGAAAGUAGACAGAGAAGAUAAGCUUGAUAUACCAAUGUUCUUUGGUUUUGUAGGGCUGUUUAAUCUGUUGCUGCUAUGGCCAGGAUUUUUCCUGCUUCACUAUACUGGGUUUGAAGCCUUUGAGUUUCCCAACAAACUCAUAUGGAUGUGCAUUGUCAUUAACGGCCUUAUUGGAACAGUUCUGUCAGAGUUCCUCUGGUUGUGGGGCUGCUUUCUUACCUCAUCACUGAUAGGCACACUUGCGCUAAGCCUUACAAUACCUCUGUCCAUAAUAGCUGACAUGUGCAUGCAGAAGGUGCAGUUUUCCUGGUUAUUUUUUGCAGGGGCAAUCCCUGUAUUUUUUUCUUUUUUCAUUGCAACUCUCUUGUGUCAUUAUAACAACUGGGAUCCAGUGAUGGUGGGAAUCAGAAGAGUUUUUGCCUUUAUCUGUAGAAAACAUCGCAUUCAGAGAAUGCCAGAAGAAAGCGAGCAGUGUGAAAGUCUCAUUCCUAUGCAUAAUGUUUCUCAAGAUGGAGAAAGUUGCUCAUAGGCAAAAGGUAUGCUUAACAAAACAAACUUCAAACAAUACAAUGAAAGUUUAAAAAUGGAAUGAUGCCCAGCGAAGAGACAAUCUCCUGGAAAGUCCCUAAGGAAUCAUGUUUCAGUGCCUAUUUUGAAUUUGUAGUAAAAACAAGAAGUUUCAGUUCUUUUGAAACUCUAAACUUUUCCUCUUUCUGCUUUCAUCUGGUUUUAUAAAUGAACAACUUUACUACAUGCAUAUUGCCAUAGAGAGUCUUAGUCCAUCUAAGCAACCAACCUGCCUUAUAACACUGAGCUGGUGAAGUUACUUGACAAAAAUCAAAAAAUGAAUACUGCUAGGUGAUUCUUUUUUUUUUUUUUUUUUAAACUCACAAUUUUGUUAAAUGCUGGACAAUAUUAUUUUUUAAAAAUGCUUUCAAAUGAGUUAUGUAAAUAAGUUUGCAGGUCAUCAUUUCUUACAGGCUUUCAGAUGAAAAGCUAAAUAGAUACGUUACCUGUAGUAGGUACAAAUUAACUUUUUUAUGUUGUAUAAACUCUAUUUGCAUAUUAAUAGAAGAAAAUAGAAAAAUAAUUUAUUAAGUGCAUUCCUGUAAUUAUGGAGGCAGGAUCUUUGUACGGUUCUGGAACACUACAUAUAUCUAUUGUCUUACUCCAUUUUGAGAAGCCUUGUGAUUGCAGUGGGUGCCCAUGUUUAAAAAUCUUUUGUUACUUAACAAUCUGGAAUGUUUAAAAUUUUAGUGACUGGUAAAAUGUUUCUAAUUACAGUACAUCUGGUGUAGGUUCUCAAAAUCAACACUUACUACUUUUAAACAGACUGAUUAUGUAACCCAUCAUUAGUCCAAACUAUCUAAUAUGGAAAACUAGGUAAAAAAUGAAAGCUUUCAUGUGCAUAGCUGCCAACUUAAGGAGAUCAGAUUAAUCGCUAAAGUUUUCAGUUAGUGGAUUGGCCUACAAUAAUCUGCUAAACAAUAUGAAAGGUAAAAAUGUUUGCAUUGGUUUUCUUUUUUCCCAAUUGUAUUAAUAAAUUUAAUCUAAAACUUAUUCUUGUCCUUAUAACCUUUAUCUUUCUUCCACUUCAGUACUUCUGUCCUAUUCAAGUCUGAAAAGCUAUGAAUAAUUGUAUUCAGGAAUAUUUGUUGUUAGUCAAUGCCAUUUUCCAACUUCUGGCCUAUAAGACACUUAAACAAAAAACAGCAACAACAAAAACAGUUAAUUUUGGAUUUGGAUGAAUUUGAAUUUUUUUGUAGUAAAUAUAAGAUGGGUUUUCAGCUAACAGCAUUAUCUUCCACAUAAGACUAUUAAUAACGUAGAGGACUUCUGCUGUCCUUCCAUAUAGAUAUAAAAAGGUAACAUAUUGCAAAUGCAUUUCAAAGUUUUUGACCCUCAGUAAUGAUUUUAGUAAGAACAACAGUAUGUUUGGUGAUACAACUACUAAUCUAGAGGGAAUGCAGGAAAGCAACAUACUUACCUGUAUGUUUAGAAGGAUUGAUUAAGCAAUAGUUAGAAUUUAAUUUAAAAUUCUGUAGGUAGAGAAGGAAGAAUACUGGGAAAAUGAACUUGGGGAUGAUUCUGGUUAGAGAGAAAUACUUGCCUCUUCAUGAAAUUUUUUCCACAGUUUUUAAUAUUCUAUUACAUUGCAAAUUUCAGUUGUUACCCGAGAUGAAUAGGAAGCUUUAAGCUGAGAUAGUAAGUCCCUGUUGAACACCUGAAAUAGGGAUUAAAAAAACAAAAAAACAAAAAAACAAAAACCCAAACCCAAAGAUCAUAGUCUCAUUAAAGUUACCUAGACAUCUUAAAAUCUCAGAUUUUAAUUCCCUGAACCCAUAAGUAGAGAGGUUUAAAUGGUGGUAUGUAGAACGAACUUUAUAUUGACCCUGCUGGAAUUUUCAGGGUUUUUCUGGUAUGAGGAGUUUCUAAUACGAUUUUUUUUUUUUCUAAAUUAUGAGAAAUUGGAGGAGGUUACCUUUGCCUUUUUUGUUUUGUUAAGAAAUGCUACUAAGGCAUACUGGCAAGUGUUAAUGUCUGUUUUCUUUUACAGUUAUGUUUGAAUGAGAUCUGUCCUGAAUAUACAAUACCAGGCUUUAAGUAGGCAAGUUUGAAUCUGUUCCUUUAUAGCAACCUGGCAGUAAGGAUUUGUGGCAUCUGCAAACUAAGCCUGUCAAAGCUUUCAGUUUGCUUUCAGACAGGCAAUUACAGUAUUUUUAGGGAAUGUCACCAUACUGUUUUUUUGAAAUCAGGCAUACUGACCGAUAGAAUUGGAGCUAUGACAUAUAAGGGCAGUUGUUAUCCAUGUUUGUCCUUAUGUCCAUGUUACAAAGUUGAAGAUCAUCAUAGUAUCCUCUCUAUGUAACUUUUGUUUAGUGGCAUUAUUGCAUUAGGUAGAGAGUUUUAGAAACAAAAUAUUAGAGAAUAUUCUUCUGUUUCAGACUCCAGAAUGUUGAAUCGCCUUAGAGUUCAGUUAAACUCAAAAGGUCAAGGCCUGCCCACUGUAUUUUGUUUUUCUUUCUGAUGAUAAAUGUUGAAGUCUUUAAUAUAUUUAAUGGCAGUAAGUGACUUUUAGCAGUCCUUUUGCAUUAAUUUGCAGUGCUUAAAAAAAAAAAAAAAGGUUCCUUCCCGAAAGGCCAUGGAUUUUUAAACAGUGGUGCCCCUGUGGUUAUGAGAAAUAUGUGUUAUAAUUUUAAUUACUGAAGUUAUGACAUGUAACAUUGUUCCUGCAUUUAAUAGAAUGUGAUGAGAUUUUUCUAUAAAAUCUUGUGAUUUUUAGUACAAUAAUAUUUUAUAAAUAUUUUGUCUUAUUUGAAAUGUAAUUUGUGUAGCUUUCUAAUGGGUGCUUGAUAAAUGCACAAGAGAUUUAGCUUUGAUUCUCAGGUACCGCUGAUAUAGUGGUGAUUUUCCCCCCCCCGCCCCACCCCUUACCCCAAGUCACAACUGGAAUGUGAAGGAGCUCUCUUGUGAAAACGUUCAUUACUCUUGUGCUAGCCUAAACUGUCAUUGCUCUUGUUUCAUUUUGGGAAUGUUUUGAUUCUGACUUAUUUCUUGUAGGAAGUGCAUACACUUAAAAACAAACAAACAAAACAAAAAAAACCUUUCCUUUGAAUGUCAUUAGACGCUUAAAGAGCAGUGAUUUCCCAUGCCCACAAAAUAAGAGAAUGAAUGCUACGUGUGUUGUUCCGUCCAAUGGUUCACCUGCAAUCCUAUGAGACAACCAAGUUUUGUUUUAUUUUGUUUUUUCCCCCCUGUGUUUGGGCAGUGUCAUCCACCGCUCCCUCCACCCCUCAGGUUUUGGAGUUGUUUGUUUUUUAUGUAUGGAGGAGAUGACAGUAAUUUGCCAAAUGCCAUGUAGCAAACCUUAGCUUUCAGGGUACUGAUGCAUCUCGCAUAGUUCAAUGUACUGUAUUCUGCAAUCCGGAAUGAAGGAAAACAAGGAUUUUGGGUUUUCUAGCUUCUUUCUGCUAGGUUUUGGUCAUGGCAAAAAUGUUUUCACUACUAGGGGCUGCUGUAGAGUUAAUACUGAUUCAGCAAAGGACUUAAAUACACAUGAUAUCCAGUACUCAAGAACUGCUUGUAAAAUCUAGGGCCCCUGCAUGCCACUGCAGACCCGGAGGGCCCGGGCUUUGUGUUGUCCAGUGUGCGCUGCAUGGCUCUUGCAUGCUGGCCUUCUGCCCGUGGAAAUCAGCGUCGGGAGCGGAGGCUGUCCUACGUGUCUGAUCUGCCUCACGUGCAUGCUUAAACUUGGAGCCUGGGAGACUGAGGCACAGCCGGGUGAUCUCGCUGUGUUGCACAUGCUGAAGCACUCUGCUGAAAUCGGGUGUUCAGCAGUGGGAUUCUUCAAAGGACAAAUCGUGGUGCUGCAUGUGAUACUUGACAGUUUGCUGCUAUAUGCAUUGCAUACCUCCAUGUAACAUACUGACAACAACAGAAGAGCCUGUGAAUUACUUUUCUUGGUGUGUGCUGUUGCAAUUGCCACUUUCUCCUCUGUUAUACCCAUUGUGGUUAGGUACUGCUAUUUACCAUUCUGAUUGCUUUUAAACAGGGUGGUAAAAUGAUUUCUUUAACUCUUGAUUCCAUCUGUCUUCAUCCUCAACAUUAUCAUUCCUACACCUUAUAAACAGAUCUUAUCUUGGAGAAAUUCAGUUAUUGAACUUACGGCCAUGCAGAGGGAAAAAAUGAGUUAAAGGUCAGAUAUUGAGUGAGUUCACGGACACAAUUUCCAAUUUCACAUGGCAAUGCACCUCAGUAAGGCAGAGUAUUUGUGUGUGUUAAUAAAGUGGUAAGAAACAGCAUACUCGAAAAUCAAGAAACAUGAACUAAUAUUAAUAUCACAGUGUCAAAUGAUAUGGCUAACUACAGGAUGGUACUUCUAACAAAUAAAGAAAAUGGAUUAGAAGUUUUUAAUUAGUUACCAUUUAUGUUACAACUGUAUGUCAUAACAUAUGUAGUGCCUGCAACUUAGUAGCUAAAACUGCAUUUAAAUGUUGAUGGUUCUUAAAUAGUUUGUUGUGCAUGACUUUUAUAUAUUUUUUUUUCUUUUUUAAUCCAGGAUUGCAUUAAUGCUAUUUUCUGUUUUACACAGUUAUCUCAUGGCAUGAUUUCUCAGGGAAUAUGGAUGAUACUAUGCGAUGUAUGAGCUGAUAACUAAUUUGUCAUUUUAAAAUCAAGUUAAAACCAUUUUCAGCUUUCACUCAAACAUUUUGCAUCACAUGACUUACAUGUUGAAUUUCCUUUAAUUUAUUUGGUGAAUCAGGAUGAGGGUGUUAGUGUUUAAAGGUGGCAAUAAAAUACAUUUUGCCUAAUACUUCAUUACUUUUCAGACAAACCUGUAGUCACAAUUGACGUUGCAAUUUGUGCAUUUUUUUCCUACUUUAUUGUACUAUGCACCGUACAAAUUCAUAGUUACACUGCAGAUUUCAAAGCUGCACUCAUAUGUCAUGACAUUAACUUUCAUGGUUAGACAAUGCUGUAGUAAAACAUAAUUGAUUUUGGGGUAGAGUGCCAAUAUAAAUCUGCUAACAUAAAUAUAUUCAUUUAUAUCAUUGAAUUUUUAUGAAGUCUGUUAACUUUGGGGAUUUUUGUUUGUUUUUCCAGUAAAGUUACUUUGUUGGCUAGACUGGGAUUAGAUCCAAAGCCCACCAGAGUCAUAGACAAUAAAAUAAAACUAUGGAAAUGAAACUGUGCAGUCAGGUUUCUAUGCCUUUACAAUAUUUCCAUCUGCAGUAUAUGUUUGGAGUAGUUUGCUUUAUUAAGACUUCAGUUAUAUAAAUUUAGCGAUUUAGUGCUGUGAAACAUGUUAAGAUGUAACUGGCCAUAAAAGGUAUUUCCCUAUAGCCAACAUGCAGCUUAGUUAUUUAGAUGGUGAAUUUGUCUUGCUACAUAAUUCCUUCAAAAUCAGCAGUAUGAGAGAUGUUAAUGACUUCACUUAGAUGUAAUACUUCUAGGGGAAUUUAUAUAUCAGUAGUGACAAUGAUGCAUGUGAUUGUAGCCUUGAGGAUCAACUUCCUCUACACAGUUUCUUAUUUGACAUUUCCAUUUACUUGCAUUUAGCCAAGAAUGCAGCAGAGCAUUUCCUCUCUAGUUAAAGCUAUUGUGAUUGUAUUUUGACUGUCCUGAUUCUCUGAGUUGUUGUUAUAAAUCUGGCUUUAAAAAAAAAAAAAAAAAGUCUGUGGCAACACUAUCUGUUUAAAAAUUACGAGUGUGAUGUUCCUUGUUGCCAUGUUUAGGCCUGUUCUCACACUAUUCUCAGUUAAGGUAUUGCAUUGUUACAUUUAGUGUUAAUAGGUGACCAGACUUCUUCUGGAAUGCCUACCAUGAUGUGGUCUGCAGUAUCCAGAACUUAAUCUCGUUUUGUCAUUUCCUGCUUCUUAAAAGCACGUAAGACUUUUCUCUUAAAAAUUCUAUAGAAAGCAGCUGCUUCAUUCUGCAAAUGCUGUGUUCUUUAACUGUUACUGCAUCUUAACUCCUAAAGUUGUGUACAAUUCUCCUCUCAUUUUUUUAAUGAACUUUGGAGUGUUUUGUCUGGGAACAUGCACAAAUCCUGUAUAUCUUCCACAGAAGAAAUACAACUGGAUAUUGGAAUGGCCUCAGAAAUCAUAGUGCAGGGAUGUUUGUAUGGUUUUUGACAUAUUUUCCUGAAGUUGUUCCACAGUCUAUAAAAGCACUUUUUAUCAAGCUGAGGGGCAGCAGCCAUUUCACAUAGAACUAACUUUAUAAUAUGCAAAUUACUGUGUUGUCAAUAGAGAUACCCCUCAGUGUAUUACUGAUGUUGCCAGCCCACAAAUCUCUUCUUCCUUUUCUCUGUUUCUAUAGAUGCUGCCUCUCUCUAUCCAAAUCUGACCCUUUGCAUGUCAGUUAAACUAUAUCCUCUGCCAAAAUGAGUAAUUAAUACAAUAUUUUUAGAACUUCCUUUUUUCUUUAGCUGUGGGAACAGCAGGGGCCAGACAGACAGUAUCCCUCUCCUAUGGGACAAGAAGAAGAAGAAAAAAAAAAGGUAAAGAAUUCUUAAUUGGAGAUGAGGAAUCUUACUGGAUAGCAUUAUGGAAUCAGCUGUAAAAUCAUAGAGGUAAUGCUUACAGCACAAUUACGUACAGGAAAUGCUUGCUUUUAACUUGGCAAUAAUUGUAUAUUGGAUUGAUCUCUCUGUAGUUCAUCUUGAUUUAAUACAGAGUGUAGAUAUUUUUAAUGUCAUCAUUUCAUAUUGAAGCUGAAUCAAGCUCUGUUUAAAAAAAAGGGGGGGUAAAAAUUAUAUUUGGAGAAAUAGUCUAUAUGUUAAGUAGUUUUUUGUUUCUAUUUUUGGCUUUUUUUGUGAAGUCUUAAAGUCCGUACAAUCCAGUUGCAAAUAAAUGUUCUUCCUAUUAAUUGAAAAUCAUGAGAGGCCAUUUACACAAGGCUGUAUUGAAAGCUUAGCCACUUGUUCAGGUUGACAUUAUCUGAGUGGAAUUAGAGAAGUGUGUGGAGUAUGUGAUAUGGACAUUAGCACUGUACAGAUAAUGAAUAUAUGUUGUAAUGGUUUUUAAAUUUGUUCCUCAAGUUCUCUUUGGGAUGAGUAUUAGUAAAACAAAACUAUUUCUGAAACAUCUUUAUUUGGAUGUUUUUAUUGAUUGUUUUGUCAAACUUUUAAAUCUUUUUGUGCACUAAAAGAUGCACAAAACAAUAGUUAACUGUUUUAAUGGUCUUUAUGGCAUUUACACUUUAUACUAAAUUUCAGCUCUGUAAUUUGAAAUAAGUUUUGAAUAACAUCUGUAAAGCAGAAGCUACUCUUUUAAGAUUUUAUUUUAAUAAUUAAGACAAAACUGAAGAAGAUCUUUGCAUGAAGUGCUUAGGGUGUCCUGAUAAUUCAGAUGUUUUAAGAGCACAGCAAGUUCCAGGUAUAUAUCCUCUAUGAGACAUCUUAUGCAUAAUUUUUUAACUAUUUUCCUUAGAGAGACCAGAACCUGAGUUGCUGAUGCGUAUUGCAUUUAUACUUAAGUACCUCAUUUCAGAGUGUUUUAAAUCUUGAUCUAUCUUUGAUUUUAAAAAUGCAGCAUUUUUAUCCGAUUUCCAUUUAAUGAUAAAUGUAUUAAUGCAGAGAAAAAACAAUCAUGGCUUGACACAACGAUUUAAACCAAGAAAACAGCAGGAUGGCAGUAGUAACUCUGAAAUGAAGGUGCAUAUCUCUUCAGAAACUGUGGCUUCUGAUUCCUUCCUUUCUUCUUCAUACCAAAUUGGUGUCUCUGUUAUUCCAGAUUUAUGCUGGUGAAGUAAAGACCAGAGCUUCUCUACUUCGUUUUUGAUAGUGAAGCGUGUUUUCUGCAUGGAGUUUUUGUCCUGUCACUUUGUUUUCCGAGGGGAUUCAGUUAAAUGAAAAGUAUAGAAGAAGUAUUUUUAAUUAAAAUCAGAUUUAAGCUAUCAAUUAUUUUGAAAUUGACAGUAUGAAUAGAGGUCUAAAGAAUAGAAAAUAUAGGCAUAUAUUGCAGAUAUCAAACACUGCUUAUAUAUUUUUAACAAAAUCAAUAUGUGAUUAUUUGAAACAUGUAUAAAGAUGAAAGUGGGAAAAUUGUUCUUGUGUUGAUAGAUCAAAAACUUAAAUUCUCUUUAUAUCCAAUACCAAAACCCUAUCAAAGGGCUAAUGGGAAAAAAUGUAAUGGAUUCUGAUGAACAGCUUGUGUAAUACAAUCAAUGGGAGUGAUGUUUUUGUUCUGUAUCAUAUUUAUUAUAUGUAAGUAAAACAAUAAAGAUUACAAAUCUUGUUUUCAUAACAGGAAUAA